AUGUCGAUUCGAUUGUUUCGGAGGGUCACAGUAUGGUGCUCGCUACUCCUUCCCCAUGUUGGGGCAGCGCCACCGGACUCUGCAUCCAAUCCAAAUAGAAUUUGGGAUACUUCAGCUGCAUCCAGUUACUCGGACAAUUAUCCUAUCGGCAAUGGACGUGUCGGUGCUAUGGUAGGUGGGAGUGCGUCCUCAGAGGCCAUCCAAGUGAACGAGGACUCAUACUGGUCGGGAGGCUUGCUACAUCGGGUCAAUCCCGAUGCAUAUCAGACCGUGAAGCAGAUGCAAACGCUCCUCACCGGAGGAUUCUUGCAGGAUGCUACUACCAUAGCAGGUUAUGGUUAUCAAGGCACUCCUGUGUCGACGCAACAUUACGGGAGUAUGGGUUAUCUGACUUUGGCCAUGAAUCACACCAAAACCGUCACUGGCUACCAGCGGUGGCUUGAUCUUGAAGAAGGAGCCGCCGGCAUGUAUUACGUGAGUGAUGGUGUCGAGUACACUCGAGAGUAUAUCGCAAGCAACCCAGAUGAUGUUAUCGCUAUACAAAUUAAAGCCAGCCAACCCGGUUCUGUCGGUUUUACAAUUCAUUUGGAUCGGGGAUCUUCCCUCAACAGGUGGGAAGCAUAUAGUGAACCCCUCAACAAUAACACCAUCCUUGUUGGCGGCAGCUCAGACGGUGUGGCUGGCAUUGACUGGUCUGCUGGCGCUCGCGUGGUAAGCUCUGGCGGCUCAGUCUACACAAUUGGAGAUUAUGUCUUUUGUUCCGGGGCAGAUGAGGCAACCAUCUAUUUCACUACCUGGACAACAUUCCGCCAGGCUAAUCCCCGCGAUGCCGUGCUUUCAGUCCUCACUAAGGCUGCUGGCAAGAGCUACAGCUUGGUCCGCGAUACUCAUCUUACCGAUUACCAGAAAUAUAUGUCAAGAGUCUCGUUGAAUCUUGGGACCUCAACGGCCACUCAGAAAGCGAUGACCACCCCGCAACGACUGGCGGCGUUGAAUACCACUGCAUUUGAUCCCGAGUUGGCGGCGUUAUUUUUCCAGUUUGGACGAUACGUAUUGAUCGCAACCUCGAGGACGGGAACUCUUCCUCCCAAUCUCCAGGGGAUAUGGAAUCAAGAUAUGGACCCCCAGUGGGGCUCGAAAUAUACCAUCAACAUCAAUUUAGAAAUGAAUUAUUGGCCGAGUUUGACAACCAACCUAGCUGAUUUGACGACUCCGCUUAAUGAUCUCCUAAAUGAAAUCGGCCAGCAAGGCAGUGUUGUCGCACAAAAGAUGUAUCACGCUUCGGGGAUUGUCGCUCACCACAAUACCGACUUGUGGGGAGACUCUGCACCGCAAGAUAAUUACUUCUCUUCGACCUGUUGGCCGAUGGGAGCCACCUGGCUGAUCACUCAUCUCAUGGAACAUUAUAGAUUCACCGGGGACAAAGCCACCCUCAAGUCAAACUACGACCUCCUCCGGAAGGCCGUUCUCUUUGCUCUCGAUUUCGUAACCCCCUAUGGAGAGUAUAUGCUUACAAACCCCAGUAUAUCGCCGGAGAAUCUCUACUACAUUCCUAAUUCGACAGCACAGGUUGCAAUUACAUACGGACCAACGAUUGAUAAUUCCCUACUGUGGGAAAUACUAGGGGAACUGGUUGAUGCUCAGAGAGAGCUCGGCAUAAAUGACAAGAAUCUUACAGACGCGGCAACAGCUCUAAGGAGUAAAUUGCCCGCGUUGCGCAUGAAUCAGUACGGUGGAAUUGCAGAAUGGAUCCAUGACUACAACGAGACCGAUCCUGGUCAUCGACACUGGUCCAUGUUGUGGGGCAUGUACCCAGGUUCACAGAUUACAGCUUCCAAUCAGACCACUUUCAAUUGGGCGGUUUCGAGCAUUAAUCGCCGCCUGGACCAUGGCAGCGGUUCUACUGCCUGGUCUCGAGCUUGGUCGAUCGCUCUCUCCGCGCGAGCUUUCCUGCCCGAUCUAGUACAGUCGAACCUGGCUCAGCAAUUGGCAAACUACACUACUGGGACCUCGUUCCUGGCGACCGGUCCUCCAGCACCCUUCCAAGUCGAUGGAACUCUCGGGGGCCCUGCUGGAAUGGUCGAAGCUUUCCUCCAGAGCCAUGAGACGGUGCUCGCGGGCAAUAACGGCACACUGAUCGCGGCCCAAACUGGGGACGCGAACAAAAUCCACCUGAUUCGACUUCUCCCCACGCUCCCCUCUACCUGGGCUGCGAAUGGAGGAGGGUCCGUGUCAGGUCUGGUUGCUCGUGGUGCCUUUGAGGUCGAUAUGACUUGGUCAAGCGAUGGGAAGCUGACGGAGGCUACUAUUACGUCCAAAUUAGGCAACCAAGCAUAUGUGACCCUGGGUAGCUCACCGAUUGGAGACACGAAUGCCACCAGGAUCACAGUGAAAGGCGUCGGAUCCGGCGGGUUUGUCUUGUUACCAUCAAAGAAAGGAAACAAGUUCACUGUAUCACCCGCAUGA